UAAGGCUAGAAGGGAAAGCGGGGAGAAGGGACGAAGCUCGCCGAAUUCAGUGGCGGAGCACCGGAAGGGCGCUGGAGCCCUGGCAUGGCCCCUGCUGCGGCAGGAGCGACUCGGGAGUCGCCCCGUUCUUGACAACCUUGUGCGCGUCUCUCAUCCCGGAAUGUGGUGACAAAAAAAGCUCUGUUGGAACUGGAUGAAGAAAAAGAAUGGAUAUGGGUAACCAACAUCCUUCCAUAAAAAGGCUGCAAGAAAUACAGAAAGAAGUCAAAGAGUUGGAAUCACAAGUAGUAGCCUUCAGUGGUCUAUCCAGUGACAGAGCUUACAAGAAACUAGAGAGGGCUUUGACUAAACAACUUUUUGAAAUAGACUCUGUCGAUGCAGAAGGCAAAGGUGAUGUUCAACAAGCCAGGAAACGGGCUGCCCAGGAAACUGAAAGGCUGCUUAAAGAACUGGAGCAGAAUGCCAAUCACCCCCAAAGGCUGGAGAUAGAGACCAUAUUUAACGAAGCACAAAUCUUGGUGGAACACGAAAUCUCAGCUUUUUAUAAAGGAGGCAAUUGCAUAACUGACGAAUUUGAAGAAGGCAUUCAGGAUGUCAUCUUUAGGCUCACUCAGGUGAAAACUGGAGGGAAAAUCUCUCUGCGGAAAGCCAGGUAUCGCACUCUGACCAAAGUAUGUGCCGUUCAAGAGAUCAUAGACACUUGUACAAAGCAGCAGCCUUCUCUGCCUUUGUCCAGUGAUGCACAUCCUUCUGUCUCCAAGAUUAAUUCUGUCAUGUGUGAUGCGAAUAAAGCAAAAGGGACCCUUAUUGCUGUUUUAAUGGGAGUAAACAACAAUGAGACCUGUAGACAUUUAUCCUGUGUGCUCACAGGCCUGAUUGCUGAUCUGGAUGCCUUAGAUGUAUGUGGCCGGCCGGAAAUAAGAAACUAUCGUAAAGAAGUUGUGGAAGAGAUCAAUAGAUUGCAGAAAUACCUGGAUCUGGAAGAGGAAGCUGAUACCACUUACGCAUAUGACUUGGCACAAAACAGGUGCAUUAUAAAAAUAGAAGAAAUCCGCAAGAAUAUGAGAGAGGUUCAUGCUUCUCUUUUAAAAGUAGAAAAGGCUUCAGAUUUGUAUUUGAGGUCAAAGGCAGAGCUGCAAGGGUUAAUCGCCCAGUUGGAUGAAGUGAGUCCAGGCAAAAAUCCGUGCAUCCGAGAAGCCAGGAGGCGGGCAGUGAUAGAAGUACAAACCCUCAUAACAUAUAUUGACUUAAAGGAGGCACUUGUCAAGAGGCAAAGCUUUGUGGAACAAACGGAAGCAGAGCCUCCAUCUCACAAAGCAGUUUGGAAUAUUCUCGGGAACGUGUCUCAGAUUCAGCAGGAAGUGCUGUCUUUUGACGGGAACAGAACGGAUAAGAACUACAUGAGACUGGAAGAGCUCCUCACUAAACAGCUUCUAGCACUUGAUGCUAUAGACCCUCAAGGGGAUGAGCGCUCAAAAGUAGCCAGGAAACAGGCAGUGAAGCUUGCACAGAAUAUUCUGUACUAUUUAGACAUAAAAACAGAUGAAUGGGAGUACUGAAACAACAGAGGUCUUGUGCCUGAUGUUGCUCCCUCUCACACACUUUAUGCCAACCAAUGUCUCGCAAACACAAGACCAAAAGUUGCUCAUCUCUUAGAGGCUGAGUAAAUGUUGGACUGGGCUAUGCAGCAGCUGCCUUAGUCACAGCCAUCUUUUCCCCCCUGAAAUCUGUAGCUCACACAAUUUGUAGUGAAGACUUCCAGAACUUCCCUGCCCCAACAUUUGGCCAAAGCAUCCUGUAGAGAAUUCUUCGACGCUAAGAGAGAGAAUGCAAUGUGUCAAAGGAGUUUUCUUAGAUCAGACAGGGUGAAAUUAAUGAAGAGGAGAUCUGCAGCUAAUGUCUGUUAGCCUUAAACCAGCUUAGAUGUUGCAGUUGUCUGAUAGCAGUACAGUUGCAAUCCAAAGGAUUAAAUGCAAAUUACGUAUGGUCUUUUUUUGUGCGUUUGAUUUAGUCUUGCUGAACUCUCACCUAUGGCUUUGCUCUGUAGUUUUUAAUAGUUUGGGUCUAUUUUAGGGCACUGUGUAAUAACAGCUUUCGCAUAUAGACAUACACUGUAGGCCACAUGACCUGAAGCGCACUACAGAUUUCUAUAGGAUUUCAUCAGAGUCAGUAGUCUGCAACUACACUGUUUCAGAUUCAGGUCAUUCUGGAAGGAGUUUUCAUAACCAGGGUUACAUCAGAUUUUUUUUUAAAAAAAAAUAUGCGACAUGUAUUUGAAAAAUAGAUACUACUUAAGAGUUAUGCUAAAUUCUUCAAAGUCAAGAGGUCUCCAAACUGGGCCCUUUAUGUCUGUGGAGUUGCUUUAGUUUAAUUUUGUGAUGUCCAAAAUGACUUGGGUAGCUUAUCAAUUAUUCUUUUGCAUUUUUCUGGAUCAAAUGGGGAAAAAAUAUUGCUUCUUUUGGCUUAAUAGAAAAUCAAACACAUUUAUAUGCAUGUGUUUGGUCCAUAACCAUUGGGAUUUGUCAUGAUUUCAUGUGUUGCUCUUAUACCCUGGUCAUUCUGGGCUUAGUUCCUUUGAGCUAUAUCAAUGACCUAUGAAAAUACUUUUUGUGAUGUGUGAUGGCAACGUGUAUAUGCCUUAGAUGUGUUUAAUUCAUUCUUCUUACCUGGUUUUUAAUCUUCCAAGCAACCAGAAUGGCAAACACUUCAGAAUGUUUCUACUUUUAAGUGAAACAUAGCUAUCUAUUGUGUUAGUUGUCUUGUGUAGGUUGCAUGUGUCAUUCCUCAAUAACCCUAGUGGUUUUUGGUUCCCCCCCCCCCCCCCCCCCGGCUUUUCCUCAUCCUUGGUAGAGCCUGACACCUGUGUCUGAACAUACUCUAAAUACACUGAACUUGAGUUCAGUUUAGGUUGUGUUCCUCCCUGUUGCUUGUUGAUUCAGAAAGGUAGAAACCAGCAUCAAUCAUAGCUUUUCAGAGUACAUUGUUAGCGGCAUGCAGAAAUUGGCAGUAGAUAGAAAUAAAUUUUAAAAAAUUAAUUGUUGUUUUUCACACAGUUUCUGUAAUCAAAAUUACUGGCUUGUAGAAGACUAUUUCUUUGAAACGGCUUUAUAAAUGUAGUCCAUUCCUGAUACUGCAUUUCUGUUUAUAAAUAGGUUUUUAAUACAUGAUUAAAGAAGCAAGGCUAUCCUUCGGAAACAAGUGCCUUCUAAGUGACACUUGAAUUGAGAGUCCCUUGACUUCAUGGUGCUUCCCAGUGAAGUGUCUUCUGUGCCCUUUGGAUUGCUGUUACCCUUUAGCUCUAAUGUGGAUUAAAAUAUGCUACCAUAUUUGCAGAAACGUAUUGCCAGCAUAUUAACAACCAACUGAGGGUCCAGAUGGUUGAACUUAAGACACAAGGCUUGUUUGCAGAGGAGGACAUAAGCUAUGGUGGCUUAUUUCCCCCACUGCACAUUCUGGGGUGAUUUGUAUAAUUACUCUCACUAGUGUAGCUUACUGUAUUAUGUGAUCCCAGCAAGGGUAGCCUGAUGCCAUGGUUAACAAGUCACCUCAGAAUCUUACAACAGCCAAUGGGUUCUAGGUGGCUUGUUAACUAUGGCAACAAGCCACCCUCACUGGUUUUGCACGAUAUGGCAAGCGAUGCCAGCGAGAGUAAUUAUGCAAAUACCCCUGGCGUUCGCAAUGGGCGAAAUAAGCCAUAGUGCCUUAUUUCCCCCUACAUGAUCGUGCGAACCUGGACACAGUCUCAGGAGCCGAGUUCUGUUCUUGGCCUUGGACCCAAUGGCUCAAUAUGUGGCCCUGGCCCAAUUGCUUUGAUCUCUUCUGUGCCUCAUUUCUGUCAUCUGGAAGAUAGGGGUGGAAGUGCAAGACAAAGAACUUGUUUAAGUUUGGUGUGUCGUUUUUGUUCAUUAUGGAUAACUUCUUAACACAUCUUUUGUCAAGGAAAAUUAUGGUUUCCAUUUUAGUCUAAGCUGUAUACCUCCCAAUGCUAAAGAAUAGGCUUUCUUGGACACUUCACCCCAAAUGUCUCUUCUUUACUCUUUCCUGCUGAUUUGAAAAUAUUACUUUGUUCUGCUUGUAUCGUUCCAGUUCUUGUUCUUAGUGAACAGGCUAGCAUCUGCAAUUAUGAUAGUUUCACUUUCAGUAGGUGCUCUUAUUUUAGUUGUAAGGGCUUUGAUCCAAAGCUCUGGGUGCAUGCAUGCAGGGCUUUCAUGUGGCUUGGAUUUCCCAUUGACUUAAUUUUCAAGGAGGCUCUGCAUGUAUAUUGCUUCUAAACCUGUUUUGCAUACACUGCAUGCCAUACAGAUUUGGCCUCACCUCAAAUUCUGUGGGAAAGCCAUUGCUUACACGAGAGCCUGAUAUACAUGUUGAUGCUCUCGCAAUAUAUAAGGAGCUCUUGGACUAGACUUCAGAUCUAACAUGUAUUUUUUUGAGGUGAAAACUAAACACACUGAAUGGUAUCUCAUUGUGAUCCAUUCAUGGAAGGCUCUUAAAUCCAAUGGAGCCUUUUGUGAAUUGUAUGAGGUGAAGUGAUUUUCUCUGAUUCCCCCUUUCCUAUUCAGCCUCCUGGGCUCCCAAAAUCAGAGAAUGCCUUGGAACAUUUUGUGUGGGCAGCAGGACAAAGGGUAAAUUUUCAAAGUCGUCUUCUCUUCCCCUUCCAUUCAUGGAAACCUCCAUCGGACCAAAGAGCCUUCUGUGAACAGAAGAACACAACUGAAUACACCCCAAUGUUAUUGUUUUGAUUAGAGAUUCAUAGGCUUGGAUUCUAACUAACGCUCCAGGAGUAUCCCUUCAGCAGAGUUCCUCACACAGGAUGCUGCCACCAGUGGAGUGGGGGUGGGUAAUUCUUGCUGAUUCCUCCUGCCCCCAUGAAAAUCUGCUUGAAAAUGUUGGGGAACCAUCUGGAACAGUGUGGGAGAUGGUGGUGCAGGAGGCUGCAGAGGGGAGAGGCAAUCAGUGAAAACUGCCAUUCUCUCUUUCCAGUGGAAGCUUCUGCUAGAUAAGAGUCUCUUCUGUGGACGGAAGGAGCGCCUCUAUCCAGAAGAUCCAAGACAUUGUACUUAAUCCCCUCCCACCCAGUUAUUUUAUUUUUCAGUUGAUGUAAACCCUUUAAAAUGCUAUGGAAAUGCUGCGCUUUCUGAAAUUGUAAAUGUAGACUCCCAUUAUUUAGGGAAAUUCUUGAGGUGUCCUUCUCAUAACUUUAUACUGGGGAAAUUCUUAACAAUAAAAAGUAGAUAUUGCAAUAGCAACAUAACUCCCCAUUAUUAUUACUUUAUUUUUAAACCUCCAGCUCGUAAGUUUAAAUGUGCAAUGCUACGGGGUGAUCUUUGUUACAGUAUUAUAAAUCAUUUUUCUGCAUGAAUAAAAAUAGUGAACUAAAUAAGCUAAACCAAAAACAGUCUAGUAUGUGGAUUUUAAGAAAUCCUUGUUUUGUGCUUUUAAGAAUGUACUUUUUCUAUUUAAUAUGCAAGCAGGCUAGGAAACAACGCUUCCUUUCCGUUGUGGUGGGCUAAAAUGUUUUCUGCUAUUGAACUUCUCAAUAUUGGACCAACCCAAGAGUCUGCAUUUUGUUAAUUUAAGUUUUUUUGGGUGUGCAGCGCCAUGACAUGUAGCACAAGAAACAAAUGGAUGUAGUUUUGCUGUACCUUUAAGCAUCAUGGUUUUUGAUAUUUUUCUGAUUUAAGAUUGUAUUGCUUUAGGAGCAUUGUUGAUCCAAGCAGUCUUGUUCUGAUAUUUUUGCCAGCAACCCUGAUACAGCUGUAUUUCUUCUGAUCAGUUGGGAUUUAACCGUGUGUGUUUUUUCUAUGAUUGGCAAUCCAUUUAAAUGAGUCCCUGCACUUAAGCUGUCUUUAAGUGCCAGCACUCAAAGUUGUACAGAUUGUGCUGUUUGUCCUUUAUUUUUUCAAAAUAUAAUGAACGUUAUGCCGUGUAUGGUUCUUGCUUUUUGGAAUCUGUGUGUCGAGUCAUUUUUACGUAUUGUGUUGCUUUGGUGUGUAUAAAUUCAGAGGACAAAUAUUCUUAAUAAAGCAUUUUGAUGCUUUCUC